GCAUAUUGUAUCGUUGAACAAUUCACGACGCGUCUAAAACUCGUAACCGCGUCUUGUAAUUACAUUACCACCCACACGUCAUUUUUUGCUAACCUACUUAGAUCACUCACACAUGCUGAAGUGUUCGUGAUUACGAGAUAUCCUGUCGGCGGCUAAUUCAUUGGAAUUGGAUAAGAAGCAGAAAAGAGCAGAAACUCGGAUCUCAUUGUCAUGAACUAAACGGCGAAGUUUUAGCUUGCCAUUGAUAUUUGACAAGGGAGGUUAGGUACACACGGGCUAUAGAGGAGAGACAUCGGCUUAUUCAAUAUGGCGGACCCGACUCCAAACAAGAAUCGUCUCGCAGCUAUCAGUACCCCUCGAGCACUCGCGACCCCGAACCGGCGCGCCAUCAGCGCCGAGCCCUCCUCUCUCCGUCUAUCCGCUUCGGGCCGCCGAAACCCUACCACGCCCCACGCCCGCGCUGCUAUCCGGGCUAUAGAUCAGCGGAGGGCAGCUCUAUUCACGCCUGGACGAGUGGGACGACGGCGCAGCGUUGCGCGCGAGCGUGAGCGCGAAACGCCGCGGGAUCUUCUGCGGAACCUUAGUCGGGUGCUCGCACCCACGUCGACGGUAGUCUCCUCCUCUUCCUCUUCGUCACCCCAUCGCGGCAAUGAGUCGACGUUGCAGACUCUCCUCGAAGAGGGCGACGAUGACGACGACUUCCCUAUCGAGCGUCCCCGUUUCUCGUUGCCCUUGGACCGCGACGACGACGACGACAGCGAACUGAAGCCUCCCCGGUCUAGCAUACUGGAUGACGAGAACUACACCAUGCAGUCGAUCGAGCUCCCUCGCCGAGCGUGGGCGGAAGCGCCCUUGGGUCGCUUGGAUAGAAGUAGCUUGGGCAGCGCGAGGAUGAGCGACUUCGUCGGGCCGGAAAUAGGAGACGAUGCUGACGAAAAUAACGUUGGUAUCGACUCGGGUUUCUUCCCACCGCCCGCUCUAGACGACGACACUGGGGGAAUUGCCUUAGACGAAGAAGCCAUAUUCGAACGCAUGGACGAGGAGACAAGACGUCAGACUAUGGGAGGCCAAGAUGAUUUCGGUCCGAUCGAAAUUCCCGAUCUCGGGAAUGAGAGUACCUUUGUCAUGGCCCCGGUGGAAUCGCCUACUCGAGACCAAACAAUGGCUGAGGGUGCUGAAAGUAGCGAUAUACCUGGUUUUGACCCUUACGAUGACGAUGGGGACGACGGUGGUGAUGGUGAUGGCGAUGGCGACGGCCUGGGAGAUUUAACAGAAGCGCCCGGAUUGGACGAUGUUGAUGAUGUCGAUGAUGUCGACGAUACAGAGGCUUUACAGAACACAAUUAUCUCUCAAGUCGCUAACCAUCCAGCGCAGAGAAGCGCCGGAAGAAGGAAACCCGGCAAGAGAAUAUCUCGACACGGCAUUGAAUACCCUUCUUUACCUGUGGGUGUCGUAAAGCGACUAGCGACAACACUAGCCAAGACGGCAGGGGCUAGCAAGGCGAAGUUAAGCGCAGAUACAGUAGACGCCAUCAUGCAAGCAAUGGACUGGUAUUUCGAGCAGUUGGGAGACGAUUUAUCGGCGUACGCGAGGCACGCAGGUCGCAAGACUAUCGAUGAGAGUGAUAUGAUGAUGCUCAUGCGAAGACAACGGCAGACCAGCGCCUCUACCACACCCUUCUCCUUGGCGCAGCGGUAUCUGCCUAGAGAACUCUUACAGGAGAUGCGAAUGUCGGUCCCUGCACUAACGAAAGCCCCUCAGAAACGACAGGCCCGACAAGGGGAUGUCGAGGAAGAAGAGGAAGUUACUUGAGUUCCCUCCUAAGUCGUGAGUUAACCAAAAUGGGUGUAACCCAUAUCCGUUCGUAAGGAGGGUUUACGACCAUUCCCUAUUCAACCU